AUUUGUUUUAUUUUCCCACCCAUGGAUAAUCAAAGCGGUGAUAGCUCGUCAGUCUAGAUACCAUCUCUGAACCACGAUGGGUCCUCACUACCAGCAACAAAGCUUCUUAGACAGGCCACAAAGGCGGGGAGAAGCUCGAUGAUUUCGGAUGCGGCUGCAAGGUAUUUGAUUUGCGGUCCCGAUUUUUUGGGUUCGUAAGAUCGAUCCGGCCGUGACCUGGUCGACGUAAGACGGCCGCUUUGUAGACGGCCUACAGUUCCUCCUGCACUUAUCCGGCUGCGCUUCCAGAAUCCACGGCCGGAAACGCAACCCCACACGUGCAGACGACGACUAAGAACGCGCUUGUCGCUGAGUCGCGUCUCAAAGCGAACGACCUCGCCAAAAUCUAGCCAAGAUUUACGGCUAAACCAAACAUCUCUUCAUUUUCCCCUAACCAGCCUCAGAGAACUGCCCGUGCCUAUCGUCACAAUGCUCAUCGGAAUCUGCGGUGGCAUCUGCUCCGGCAAAAAGACUGUGGCUCAAUAUCUGGUCGAGCAUCACGGCUUCCGGCAUCUCUACUUGCAAUCUCCUCCUCCGUCGCUAGGAGACUCGGAGUCUGAGUCGGCCGCUUCUGAGACCGACAAGCAGCCAAAAACGCCAUCUGGUCCGGAACUUUUCUCUGGCGCCUCAAUCACGACCGGCCUCACCACCAAGAAUGACACCAAAUCAUCAUCUGAGACUACACUCGCCCUGCGAGCUCAACCUCACACCUUCUCCACCCCUGAAGAACUUCUCGACUUCGUGACAAAACGUUGGCGAAGCCGCUUCGUGACCACCGACAUCCCCACUGAGGCUGCCCUUGAUGUCUUCGUCCGACGCCCAUUCUUCCUCCUCCUGUCGGUCGAUGCCCCACUGACCGUCCGCUGGCAUCGCUACCAAGAGCGUGCUAUGCAGGUUGGCAAGCCCGAGAUGAGUCUCGAGGAAUUUGUCGCCCGGAGCGAUACACAUUUGUACGAUCCUCACACGGGCUUGUCACAGCUCAUCUCGAGGGCGGCCGUGAGACUGCUCAACACAUCGACGUCUCUAGCGCAUCUCUACGCUACCCUAGGGAAGCUGGACAUCCCUAACCCCGAUCGCCUCCGCCCUAGCUGGGAUAACUACUUUAUGGCACUGGCAUCCCUGGCCGCGCACCGCUCCAAUUGCAUGAAGCGCAGGGUUGGAUGCGUCCUUGUGGGGAGGGAGCGCAGGGUUAUCAGCACGGGAUAUAAUGGAACACCAAGGGGACUGCAGAAUUGCGCUGAGGGAGGGUGCCCAAGAUGCAACGAGGGUAACAGCUCGGGUGUCGGACUAUCGACUUGUCUGUGCAUCCACGCCGAAGAGAACGCCCUCCUCGAGGCUGGGCGAGAGAGGAUCCGGGAGGGUUCAGUUCUGUACUGCGACACGUGUCCGUGUCUGACAUGCAGUAUCAAAAUCUGUCAAGUCGGGAUUAGUGAGGUUGUUUACGCUCACGGCUACAGCAUGGACAGGGAGACAGCACAGGUGUUUAGGGAGGCCGGCGUGAGAUUGAGACAGUUCAUACCAGUGAGUGUGCUCCCUUCCCUAACCUACACUACGAUCGGAUCUUAUUUAGCCCCUGAAGCCCGGGUACUGACUCAGAUCUAGCCGCCCAACGGACUCGUUCAUCUCGAGAAUAUGGAACUUUAUUGAUCAGACAUGUGCCACUUUGUGUGCGGGGAAGUCUGAGAAGUGAAUCCGGGCCGCCGAGCAUGUG